CUACCCAAAUGUGAAUCUUUGAUUGGCCUUUCCUGGGAUCGCUGUCAUUGUCCCGUUGGUUGUGGGUAUUUCCCGAGCUGUUCCUUUCCCUUUUGCAGGUACAACAUGGUGGGUCGGGACACCAGGCUGUGUGAGGACAGCGGGUGGAGCGGCCAGGUGCCUACCUGUGAAGUUGUGACAUGCUCAGAAGCUCCGGCCAUCAGUAACGGCUCUGUUUCCGGUCGUGGUGACAGUGAGUUCUGGGAGUACGGCAUGACGGCGAAGUAUUCCUGUAAACUUGGCUUCUCGCUGAUCGGGCCGGCGGAGGUGACCUGCAAGGCGGACGGACAGUGGAGCUCACCGCCACCAUCGUGCAGAGCGGGUGUAUGUGGAAAUCUCCCAUCUUUGGAAAACGGGUCACCGAGGGAUGAACAUAUUUCCCAGGCCUUCCCUGUGGGGUCGAAUGUGACUUACAGGUGUAACCCAGGCUUCACGCUGAAGGAGGGCACCUCCCCAAAGAUCACCUGUAACUCAGACUUGACCUGGUCACCGCUGCAGACUACCUGUGAACGUGAGUGGUCUCGACCCCUCUACCUUCUUCAACAAUGUCUCGUGGUCUGGUCACUAGGCAGCCUCGACUUCUGCUUCCUCAUUCAAUCACACGAUCUGCUGUCGUAA